UCUCAAUCAAGCGUUCCAAAUAGAUCGCUGCUGCAGCAGGUGGAGCGCGAGCCAGCGACGGCAGACCAUGGCGCACAGGGCGCGUAUGAGAGUGAGCAACCCGAAGAGAAAAGACACUUUCCAAUGUUGUGUCAGUUAAUGUAAUGAUAACUACAACCAGUCAGCCACGGAUGAUUUUGUGAUUGAGUUGAGUGGUGACCGGGGAACUGCCGAACGGUGUUAGGAAGCGUGUGUGGAUGGAGCAGCAGCAGCGGUGGAGGAACUAACGGAGAACUAGAAGAGAGGAGCACAACACGAGCGCAGAACAAGUGAACCGCUCUCAUCGCGGAAGGACGGAGAACUUUGGAAACAUUUUACGCGCUUUCUUCUCGCGCAUGCUUUGCGGUUGAUAUCUGCUUUCACGUAUGCCGAGGCGCGGGGAAGCUUCUUUCAAUCCGACGACACACUGAGUUCAAGAAGACAUUUGAACUCAGCGAGGAGGUGAUACUGAGUCCCAGAGACUCACUGAGCCACUAGGAACCAUGUUGAAGUUUCAUAACUCGGACCUUUGGAUAGCCUGGAUUGUCAUUUUUUGCAUGGAGGGUUCCAGAUUUGAUCUGAAUACAGCAAAAGUGUGUGUGCGGGCGCUGGACGUCACCGUGUCCCAGAGCAGCAUCCAGGUGGCGCGGGGCCAGGCGGCCGUGCUGCCCUGCUCCUUCACCACCAGCGCCGCCCUCAACAACCUCAACAUCAUCUGGAUGGUCAUCCCGCUGUCCAACGCCAACCAACCUGAGCAGGUGAUCAUCUACCAGGGAGGGCAGGUCUUCAGCCUGGCCAACCAUCUGAACGGACGCGUGGGCUUCGUGGCCACCAUGCCCAGCACAAGUGCCUCCAUCUUCAUCAACAACACCCAGCUGACGGACACGGGCACCUACCAGUGUCUGGUCAACAACCUCCCGGACAGAGGAGGGCGCAACAUCGGCGUCAUCGGCCUCACUGUGCUGGUGCCCCCCUCUGUGCCUACGUGCCGGGUGCAGGGCUCCCUGGACGUGGGCAGUGACGUGCUGCUGCUGUGCAGCUCGGAGGAGGGCACGCCCACGCCCUCGUACUCCUGGGAGAAGCUGGACGCGCUGCCCCGGCUGCCCCACACCGCCAUGCAAGACCAGAUGCAGGGCACCGUGACCCUGAGGAACAUCAGCAGCAGCACCUCUGGUCUCUACCAGUGCUCCUCCAGCAACGCUGUAGGCAAGAGCACCUGUCUGCUCAACCUGCAGGUGGUCUCCCCCCAGCCCCAGAGCGUGGGUCUGAUAGCGGGGACCAUCGCCACGGGGGUGCUGGCACUCAUCAUUUGCUCCCUGCUGGUGGUGGUUUCACUCUUCUACUGGAAGAACAAGAACAAGUACGACGAGGAGGAGAUCCCCAACGAGAUCAGGGAGGACGACCUUCCGCCCAAGCGCUCGUCGUCGGGGAAGGCGUUCCACGCCGACGCGUCCUCCUCGGAGAACGACACGCUGACCUCCACCAACACCUACAACAGCCGCUACUGGCACAACCCCAAGCCCAACUACGACACCAACUCCUACACGCGCUACAACGGCGACACGCGCCACACCUUCUCCACCGCCGCCACCCACGGCACACACCCGCAGCACGUGCACGGUCAGCCGCCCCCACCGGCGUCGUUGGCGGCCGGGGCGGUCUCGGCGCCGGGCUCGGCCCCGCUGCCCCGCCACGCCCCGCCCCAGCUCCAGGGCACCACGGCGACGCUGACUUCCUCCUUGGCCAACGGCGGAAGCCACACGCUGCCGCCGCCCAAGACCCUGGUGGUCACCACGAACUCGGCCCCCUCCCCGGCCGUGAAGACGCGGAGCAACGGGGCGGCGGGCCACAAGGGGGCGCCGGCGUCGGCGCGCGGCCAGCACACACACUCGUACGCGGUGAGCCAGGCCACGCUGGAGCGCAUGGGGGCGGUGCCCGUCAUGGUGCCCGCCCAGAGCAGAGCCGGAUCGCUGGUAUGAGGUCUUUUCCAAAUCAAAGUGGAGACGGACGCACGCCCUCACCUUCCUUCCCGCCGCGAGAUCAAUGGAGAACUCACUCUGGAUCGUUCCUUGAGACCGUGCAGCCCAGGACAGCCUUUUCCCUUUAACCAAACCACACCACUCUUGCUGGUUUUGUUUUUCUUUUCCCACCUAUCUGUCGAUCUCCCUCUACCUUUUUAUUUUUUAUCUCACUUCGUGUUCAGAGAGUGCUUGUAGGUCGUGUCCACAGCCACCGGGGCGGGGCUGAUUCAUGGGCCCCAGUUGUCACUCCCGGUGGCCAGGACGCCCCCUUAAUGAUGUUGGUAGGAAACUCAGAAGGACCGUAUCCCAGUGAGUGGCCCAGAGUGAUUCACAGAUCUCUUACAGAAGAGGAAGCCAUUGUGACUGAAUCAUGUCAACGACUCAGCAGCAACAAACAGGAUCUUCAUCUCCAUGUGUGUGUGCGUGUGUGUGCUUCUGUGUGUGUGUUUGUGUGUUUGUGUGUGUGUGUGUGUGUGUGUGUGUGUGUGUGUGUGUGUGUGUGUGUGUGUGUGUGUGUGUGUGUGUGUGUGUGUGUGUGUGUGUGUGUGUGUGUGUGUGUGUGUCCAUCAAUGCAUGAUCAAACGGAAACAAGCUUGGAACUCGAACAUUAAAAGAAGAAAAACUAAUGAUUAAUGCAUGUGUGCUUUGUUUGAAAAAUCAAUUUGAGAUUAUUUGCAAUGCUUUCUUCUCACGUUUUUUAUUUUGGAUUUGAACUAAAACAGUGAUGCAGAUGAUAAUGGUGAUGAGAAAUGAAUUGUUGUUGUUAGAAUGUGUUACCUGAUGCUAUCUGAAUGAAGAAAUUAACAUAUACUUGUUGGAUGAAAUAUGCACGGAAGGUUUAUUAGGAGAUAAAUAAUGGCAAUUUCAAGGGUUGGGGCUUGGCUGUCAAAAUAGUUUUUUUUAAUAUUUUGCAUCUUAUUUUACAUUAUUAACCAUUUUCUUUUAGGUUUUUGCACUUUUUUAAGCAAUUUUCUAUUUCACUUGCUCUAUUAUACACCAUACCUGUCUCUUUCAAUUGCAAUGCAUUAUCAAUGGCGGAAAAAAUAUUGUUUUGCACAUCCUAUUGUUAAAGAAUUGUUGCAAGGUAUACAAUGACAUUACGGAAAGCAAUGGCCACUGGUAGAUUCAACAAGCGCUAUAUGUUCCUGGAUAAUUGCACAAUAAUUUCCAUAUAGAUCAGACUGGUAAAUUAUAUAUUUUAAGGUAUGGCUCAAGUCCACAGAGCCAUCAAUUCAGUUUAUCUCCUAUCAGUGCUGCUUACAAAAUAUGAGGAUGUCUACUUUCAUAAAUGAAGUAAGAGAAAAUAGGAGGAAGAGAACUAAUAUAUAUAUAUAUGUAUGUAUAUAUACAAAUAUAUAUAUGAAAGACGCAAACAAAACAGUUUUUUACUGUAUAUAUUGUAUCUAAUACUGAUAGGCUAUGCUAAGGGAGUAAAACUAUUGAUGAUCUAAUUCUUAAAUGUACAAUGGAUGAUUCAAUUACAUCAAAUACUGUGUCUUAAAUGUACGAAUUCUUUGGGUUUACAGUAAUUUUUUACAGUUAACACUAUUUUAAUUCUAUAGACUAUUUUUAGAUAAGCAGAUCAAUUUUUUUUCAUCAAUCUUCUUAUGACCUAUUGACCCUAUUUUAAUUGCGGGUUUCGAGUUAAUUUGAAACACUCUGAAAUACCAUAUGUUUCGCCAUAUGUUUAGAUACAACAGUAUUUAUAAUAAUUUUCUAACCAAGUUACUAGAUAAACAAUACUAUAUAAACACAUUAAAUCCAUUGGAGAAAAUGAAUAAAUGUAUACGUGUGGAAAUAUGUAAUUGUCCCAAAGUCUGCCAAUCCUUCUAUAAUCUUGUUACAGAACAUUAAUAAUGAUUACCUUCCAGCAAUGAUGCAACUCCAUGUUAAAAGCUAUUCUCUGUUCAAGUUGAAGUUGUCUCUCGUUUUGUUUUGUUGUCCUGAGGUGCUGGCACACUGCCUCAACAAACACUCGACUGAUAAAUGUCGGCCGAAAUUGGCCCACAGCAAUUCAGCACCGCCACGUCAAGAAACCUCACCAGCCCACCACCACCAACUGGAAUGGCCCGAUGUAUGGGUAUGCUGGAGCAGUGUGCCAACUCCUUGAUCAGGAACAGACUUCAUUAGCAAACAAGGCCAAGAAAGAACAAAUCAAAGUCCCUGUUGUCACGGCUUUGGAUUCCGCCGCCACAUCUUAUUGUUAUUAAAAAUCACCAAGUCCUUUGCUUUUGGGGUUCUUUCCACUCAUCGCACCCUGCAUGACUCCCCCCGCAAAACAAAUGUGCACAGCGCCGUGGUGUCAGUGUAGGCCGGCCACCCACCUUCUGUGACAAGAGGCGAUGGAGAGAUGGGAAUUCUAUUCCAGGGAACACGCAUUGCUCUCACUCUUCCCUGGGGCAGCUGAGCGAUAGAUCCACCCGAUGCUAUAUUGUGUUUUUUUUCUAAAUGCGUUCUGUGUGCAGAAAUUCGCUGAGAGGAGAAUAUGAGAGCAGGAGUUUGGCACUGCUGCAGACUGAUGAAGGGAAAAAAGUAUGAAUAGCAAUUAAAUAACUCUAUAAACCCAAUAAAUAUUCAGAUGAUGAGAGCAGCAAGCCAAGCCAGGCAGCCAUGUGUUUCAAAUUACAGAUGAUGCCGUCCACCUCUGAGACAGCCGUAGAAAAUUAAUGAGAUCCGCUGCGUUUCAGCCAUCACCCCAGUCGUUGCAUAUGCAGUUGUUUUCCAUAUUUUUAUUGUAUUCAUGUUUUUGUUUCAUAAUGUGUCAAUAAUAUAAUAAUAUAUUGAGACCUGGGUCAGAUAUCCACCAGUCAAGCUGCUUGGUGUGGUUUGUAUUUAUCACAUUGAGUAUUAUAGACUAAAGUCUAUCAAUCAUAAAUAAGAAUUAUUAUGAUAAUAAUAGUUUGACAAUUUACUGACUGUUGAGUAUUUCUAAACCAAAGGGAAGUUCUAAAAGUUUUCAUUCAAAAACUUUGCUUUGUCAUUCACAAUGGUCAUUAUAAGAAAUGUCAAUGUCGAGCAAUAUAGAAUUUUUCACAUUUCCCUAAUAAGAAUUCAGCUCCUUUUAUUGUUCCUGCACAGUGCCCCAAAAGUCUGCUCUGCAGACACAUCCAUAAACACACACAUACACACAAAAACACACCAACCUCAACAACCAUCCACAUACACUCAUUAACACAGCUGAAUAAACAUGCACACACACACGCUCACAAACACACACACAGCACAGUGUGGUCGAGGACAUUAGGGGAGCUGGCGUCACUCAGAUGAUCAAAGAUGUUCUCACCUCAGAACAUCACACCCAACCCUUUGUAGAAAGAAUCAAAACAGCCGCACUAGUAGCAGUAGCCGGACAGCCCUGCCAGAAGCUGCAAGACCUGGCUUUAGGAAAAUAUAAUGAGAGAGCAUGUGCCUACAGGCCCCCACUCUCUCACACCUCACACAACCUCCCCCCACCCUCUGUCUGUGUCUCUCUCUCUCUCUCUCUCUCUCUCUCUCUCUCUCUCUCUCUCUCUCUCUCUCUAAUACACACAAUCCCGCAUCAUCCCUCUCUCACAAUCUCUCUCCCCCACAUCUUCUCUCCCACUUCCACCCCCUUCCCUUUCCUUCUCCUCCUCCCCCUGACCCUCUCUCAUGGCCUAACCUUCCCUGGUCAUUGGUCUGAGAAGGUGAGGAGGGAAGUCUGCUUCUUCUCCUCCAGUGGUUUCCAAAGGUUGACAAAGUUUGGAGGUCCCUGCCAUGUUUUUCUCUUUCGUGUCAAAACAACUAUAUAUCUAAAAAACAAACCUCCUUACUGGGACUUUUUCAUUAUUUUUCAUUCUUUGUUUUGGUUGGUUUGGUUGCUCUGAAUCACGAGGCGAGUCAUGGAUUAUUGAGCUUUUGUUCUGACUCUCUGUCAACGUCCAGGUCAUUUAAACCACAAGUGGUACGAUGUCAUUUGGUUGAAUGCUAGUAUGGUGUUGAACAUAAAUCAACGGCAAAGGGGUGCAAAAUACCACAGAGCAAAGAACCCAUUGUGUAAAUAUUCAGAAUACAACCUUGUGCUUAGUGUUUGGAUGGAUUGGAAGUCGGAAAACGAGUGUUGGAGGAGGUUGUAGUGAAUAAAUCAUGUUAAUACAUUCUAA